AUGGCCCGAACGAUUCGAGGGUUUUCAUCGGUCCUUGUUCCUUUAACCACAUUGCUGGUGGUCAAAGCCAGUAUGGAUGUGUGCAAGAGAGGAAAUGUGACUAUAAAGCCUUCCCGGGUCGUUCCCCUUGGAUCAGCUGUGAAUAUUUCCUGCUUUCUGAACUCCAAUGAAGGCUACUCCCGCUCCAAUUUCCAAGAGUUAAUCCUCUACCAGUCUGGGCACAGAAUCAAAAUUCAGCACGGGCACCCUCUCAAAGUCACGGGGCUUUCCCUGGGCACAACCGUGUUCGUCUGCAAACUGAGCCGUGGAAAAGAAAGAGAAGAGAAACAAGUCUGUGGGGCUGAGGUCUCAGUUGGUGUGGUGCCAGAACAGCCGCGAAACUUAUCUUGUAUGCAGAAUGGAGAACGGGGGUCCGUGGCCUGCACGUGGGACAGAGGACGAAACACCCACCUAAUUACUAAGUAUACUUUACAGUUAAAUGGACCAAGAAAUUUGACUUGGCAGAAGCAGUGUAAUAAUUGUGACCAUAUGGACCUUGGAACCAACCUGCCGGCUGAGUUCCCUGAAUCCAACUACACUGCCAAGGUCGAUGCCACCAAUGAACUCGGAAAUGCUUCUUCCUUGCCACUCACGUUCACAUUCUUGGACAUUGUGAGGCCUCUUCCUCCAUGGGAUCUCCACUUCCAGUGUGUCAAUGACUCCGCUAGCAGGUGUGUCCUUCAGUGGAGUGACGAGGGCAUGGUGCUACUUAAUCGACUUAGAUAUCGGCCCCAUCACAGCAAGUCUUGGACUAUGAUCAAUGCUAUGAAUGCCAAAGGAAGAUAUGACUUGUUGGAUCUGAAGCCAUUUACAAGAUAUGAAUUUCAGAUUUCCUCUAAGCUACAUCUUUAUAAAGGCAAUUGGAGUAAUUGGAAUAAAACGUUGACAACACAGACUCCAGAAGAAGAGCCUAUUGGCAUGUUAGAUGUCUGGCACAUGAAACAGGACAUUGACCACAAACGACAACAGAUUUCUCUUUUCUGGAAGAACCUGAGCAUGGCCGAGGCCAGAGGCAAAAUCCUCCACUAUGGGGUGACCUUGCAGGAAGAGUCAGGGGAGGAGGCCCCCCAAGAGAGCACCACAGAGCACUCCUCCUGGAGCACCAUCAUUCCCAGAACUGGGCACUGGGCGGUGACGGUGUCCGCCAAGAACUCCAAAGGCACUUCCCCACCCACCCGGAUUCCCCUCACGGACCUGUGCGCGGCUGAGCGACUGGCCCCUCACCAGGUCACUGCCCAUUCAGAGGGCACAGGCACCGUCGUGGUGACAUGGGCAGCUCCGGGCAGCACGGCCUCUGCCGUGCAGGAAUAUGUGGUGGAAUGGCAGGAGGCCCAUUCCAUGGACCGUGUGCCAGCCCCGCUGGACUGGCUACGGAGUGCCCCCUCCAAGAGGUCUGCCAGGAUUUCAGAGAGCCUCAAGCCCUAUGUCUGUUACGAAUUCCGUGUGCAUGCUCUGGCCGGAUACCAGGGAGGAUGCAGCUCCAGCCGGGCUGACGCCAAGCACAAAGCACCUCGAAGGGGUCCACGCAUUCAUUCCAUCACAGAGGAAAAGGAAAAGGGCCGCGUUUUCAUCUCCUGGGAUGGAAUUCCAGCAGGAGAGCAAAUGGGCUGCAUCCUGCAGUAUAGGAUAUACUGGCAGGCACAAGACUCCAAGUCCCAGCCUCAUUUCUGGGAAAUUCCUUACCGGGACUCUCCCAAUUCACACACCCUAGACAGCCUGCAGCCCCGGGUGACAUACCUCCUGUGGAUGACGGCCCUGACAGCUGCUGGGGAAAGUCCCCAAGGAAAUAAAAUGGAAUUUCGACUGCAAGGUAAAGCCAGAUGGAGUGUGUUGGUGGCACCGGGCAUCUGUAUGGCCGUCCUCAUGGUGGGCAUUUUCUCAAUACGGCACUUCCGGCAAAAGGCGUUGGUUCUCCUUACGGCCCUCAGACCUCGGUGGUACUGCAGAGAAAUUCCAGACCCUGCAAACAGCACUUGGGCAAAGACAUACCCCACUGUGGAGCCUCUUCCUUUGCCUUCUCAGGAGACGACACUGCUGUACACGGCCGGCCCCCCUCAUGAGGAACCUGAGCCUCUGGUGGUCAGUGAAGUGUUCUGCCACACAACCCUGGUCUUCAGGCAUGCCCACUGCCCCGACGUGCCCGGGGAAGGACGAGAAAUCCCACGUCCCUGUACCUCAGACGACGGAGUGGACAGUGCCUCCAGCCCAUCGCCCUUGAGCGGUCUCCCAGCAGACGCAGGGGAGCUGGUAGAUCUCUACAAGGUGCUGGGGUGCAGGGUCCCAGUCUCAAAGCCAGGAAACCCGACCAGCCCCUUCACCAUCCUGCCUGUGGACUACCUUCCCACCCAGGAAAGCUACUUACCUUCCCACACACAGUGUCUCCCUUUGCACGCGGCGCCCACACCCGACGGUCUGGAAGAACAGGUGCCUCAAAUCUCUCUCUCGGUUUUCCCCUCAAGUUCUCUUCAGCCGCUCCCCAUCUCCUAUGGUGAGAAGCUGACUCUGGACCAGCUGAGGAUGGGGCGCGACUCCCUUGUGCUCUGA